GCCUGGUCUGUUGUUCGCCUUUGAUUUCGGAGUGUCUCCUUCUCACCUUCUCAAACCAACACAGCCAUUCAAACAGGCGAACCCUCCCUCCAACCUUCAACGACACCUCUCCAAUCCCCACAUUUUCUCUCGCCCACCACCAAAAUUGAACAUAACUCUUGGGACUCCUUCUUCCGACGAAAUUUCAAUCUUUUUUAAAGGUUUUUCAGAAUUUGAUUGCCAUUUAUAGAUAAUUUUCCGGCACCGGCGAUGUCGUCUGGCGGUCCUACGGGCUCCUGCAACACCAGCCCAAGGAUGUCGGGGCCUACCACCACUAGACGACGCGUCGCAGACAAUAUGGACGCCGAGAAACAGACUGCCUUUUCAGAUUUCUGUGAGGUCGAACAAGACGACACCAACGGCUCUAAUGCUUCUGUUUCUGCUUCUUCUGCUGGGUCCCACCACCAUCAUAACAACCACCUUCACCCCGUGAUUCGGUUUCUCCUGCUUCGCAUGCGGAUACUCUUCUUUGUGUCCGAUUCGUUCGUCCUUCGCAUUGAACACUUUUUCCUCUGGCUUGCCACGGUGAUUCAGUCGAUGAGAUCCGGCAAGAACAGGGGUCGUAAGAUUCUAGGGAUUUUUAUGUUCUUGAUAGUUAUACCUCUUAUCGUGAAGGUAUCGUUGAUUGGUGGUCUCAUGGAGGUUAAAGGGAGGAGUAUAGGGCAUGGUCAUUUGAUCUUGCAGAGGUUCAAAGAGGACUGGGUAUCGGCGCAGAGAGUUCUCACCGAGGCCCAGACGGAGCCCUCCAUGCCCAAGCGAGUUCUUGAGAGGGUAUCUACUCCCGAGAUAUGGAUGAAACCCAAUAGCGACAACUAUUAUAAAUGCAUUUCACGAUCCGGGAAUAGAACCGAGACACAAACAAAUGGCUAUCUUCUUGUUCAUGCUAAUGGCGGGUUGAAUCAAAUGAGAACAGGAAUAUGCGAUAUGGUUGCAGUGGCAAAGAUAAUGAAUGCCACCCUUGUCCUUCCAUCUCUCGAUCAUGAUUCCUUUUGGACUGAUCCAAGUGGCUUUAAAGAUAUAUUUGACUGGAAGCACUUCAUCCAAGUCUUAAAACCUGACGUUGAGAUAGUUGAGUAUCUGCCAGUCAAAUAUGCAACUAUAAAACCUCUCGUGAAGGCUCCUAUUUCUUGGUCAAAGGCUAGUUACUACAGAGGUGAGAUUCUCCCAUCAUUAAAGCGACAUAAGGUCAUUCAAUUUACACACACAGAUUCCCGAAUAGUCAACAAUGGCCUUGCUUCCUCUCUUCAGAAGCUCCGAUGCCGUGCCAACUAUGAAGCUCUAAGGUACAUCCCAGACAUUGAGGAGCUUGGGAGGACUUUGGUUGAUAGGCUAAGAAACUAUGAUGAACCAUAUAUUGCCCUUCAUUUAAGAUACGAGAAAGAUAUGCUAGCUUUUACUGGCUGCAGUCACAACCUUACUGCCGAGGAGGCUGAGGAACUUAGAAUAAUGAGGUACGGAGUCCAGCAUUGGAAGGAAAAAGACAUUGAUGCUGUUCAACGACGACUAGAGGGUGGUUGCCCUAUGUCCCCUAGAGAGGCAGCUAUCUUUCUCAAGGCCAUGGGUUACCCUUCCACUACAACAAUCUACAUCGUUGCAGGGCCUAUAUAUGGUCGCAAUAGCUUGUCUGACUUGACUGCAGAGUAUCCUAAUGUCUUCACUCAUUCCACCCUUGCAACUGAAGAAGAGUUAGAGCCUUUCAAGCCAUAUCAGAACCGCCUUGCUGCCUUGGAUUACAUUGUGGCGCUGGAGAGUGAUGUCUUUGUUUACACUUACGAUGGAAAUAUGGCCAAGGCUGUGCAGGGCCAUAGGAUGUUUGAAGGAUUCAGGAAAACAAUUAAUCCUGACAGAAUGAAUUUUGUUAGAUUGAUUGACCAGCUUGAUGAGGGUACCAUGUCUUGGGAAGAUUUUUCUUCCAAGGUUAAAAGUCUGCAUUCGAAUCGGCUGGGUGCGCCUUAUCUUCGGCAGGCAGGUGAGUCACCUAGGAUGGAGGAAAAUUUUUAUGCCAACCCCUUUCCUGGUUGUGUCUGUAACAAAUCUCAGGAAUUCAUCACAAGCCUGAAACUUGACCAGAGACUGAAUCUAGCUGCUGAGUCACAAAGAUAGUAUUUUUUCCGCUAUGACUAUCCCAUGCACCUUUGUUCAUGAUAGAUUAUGAAUUUAUGAUGUCACUGCCUAAGAGGCACAUUCGGGUUGUGGUGGAAAACGUACUUCAUUUCACAGCCUGGUUGAUGGUAGGCUGCUGUGAAUGAUCAAGGAGCUUUUCGGGUUUUCAUGCCACUAAAAGAGGAGUUUCUGUUUAGGCAAAUUCCGUGAGAAGGUCAAAAGGAGGCCAAACAAUGUAGGAAGUAAAGGCCAGUCGCGAGUUAGUUUAUAGUGUGAGAUUGAUUGAGAAUUUGAGAUUGGAGAGUAUAUAUCCCCAUUGGUCUGAGAGUUAUACCAUUCGUUCGUUCAUUCGUUGAUUCUUGCUUUGACCAUAAGUUGCUCACAGAGAGAGCAUCAUCUGAUUUUUGAAUGUAACAUUUGAUACAGUCCGGAGUAGAAGUUUAGCUUCACACGUUGACGUAGAUGUAUUGUUAAUAAUAUAUUCUGUUAUUUGGUGUUGCCACUGUACAAUUAUUA